CAUCGAGACCAACGUGCGCUUCGCCCUCGAGAAGAGCUUCCUGGCGAACCAGAAGCCCACCUCGGAGGAGAUCCUGGGCAUCGCGGAGCAGCUGCACAUGGAGAAGGAGGUGAUUCGGGUCUGGUUCUGCAACCGCCGCCAGAAGGAGAAGAGGAUCAACCCCUGCGGGGGCGCCGGGACCCCCCCGGGCAUCGGGAACGCCGGGAACACCGGGAUCAGCUCCGGGAACACCGGGAUCAGCUCCGGGAUCAGCACUGGGAACACUGGGAUCGGCUCCGGGAACACCGGGAUCGGCACUGGGAAUACUGGGAUCGGCACCGGGAACACCGGGAUCGGCUCCGGGAUCGGCUCCGGGAUCCGCCCAGGGCUGCCCCACCCCCCCGGGAAACCCCCCAACUACGGCGCACACAUGGUGGGUCCCUACAGGGCCCCAAACGACCCCUGA